AUGACGUCCCAAGGACUCACAGAAGCUGCCUGCGCAUCGACAACCGGCCCUCUGGCACCGCCUUUCAACCCGUUCGCGGUGGAACCUCCUGGGAAGUUUGACUUUAGGCGGCCAGAGGGGUGGAGGCGAUGGGUCACACGAUGGGAACGCUACCGAGUGAUAUCCGGACUCCAAAAGCAGGACGCUUCAACUCAGAUCAACACGUUUCUCUACGCGAUGGGUAGCGGAGCAGAGGACGUGCUCAUUUCGUUGCGUCUGACCGAGGAAGCGGCCAACGAUUACGUGCAACUGAAGGCGGCCUUCGACAAGUACUUCGUCCCGAGCAAGAACGUCAUAUACGAGCGCGCGCGCUUCAACCUUCGAUCCCAGAUGGAACACGAAACUGUGGAAGAGUUCGUGAAGGAGCUUCACAGUCUGGCAGAGUUCUGCGAUUUCGGUCCAUUGAAGGACGAAUUGAUCCGAGACAGAAUUGUUGUCGGCCUACGAGACCGGGCGUUGAGCGAACGCCUGCAACUCGACGCAAGUCUCACCUUGGAGAAAGCCGUGAGCAUGGCCCGGAACUCCGAAACCGUCAAGGGACAACAGAGUCUCAUUCGCGGAAAUGGCACAACCUCGGAAACCGUCGUGGAGGCUUUGACUUCGGCGAAAUCUGGAGCGACAAAGGGGAGCCGGUCCCGCACUGAGCCACGUACUGGGUACCCUGAAGUACAAUCUGCACCUUGCAAGUGGUGCGGUUCACGCCAGUUUCAUCAAAGGACUGACUGUCCGGCUCAAGGGAAAACUUGUAAUCUCUGCAAGAAAUUAGGGCACUUCGCCUCGGUAUGCAAGUCAGCAUCCCCGUCACACAAGUCCGGAACUCGUCGGCGACAGCAAGGCAAAGCACGACGAGCGGUUGAAGAGGUUUUCCUUGGUGACAUCCGAAACCCAUCGUCUUCUGAUGCAUGGUACAUCAUAGCCAAAGUUGAUGGUAAACCUGUGAAUUUCAAGGUCGACACUGGCGCGGAUGUUACGGCUGUGCCGCCCACUGCGCUUUCUAGUCAAGCCCGCAACUCUCUUACUCAGCCUCUCAAAUCACUCUACGGUCCUGGAAGGGCGAAGAUAAAUACCCUUGGGCAAGUAGAAGCUGAAGUCUACUGGAAUGGGAAGACGACGACCCAGGAGAUCUUUGUCGUUCAGGGUCUCCAGCAUGCUUUGUUGGGCCGCCCUGCCAUAAAAGCAUUGGAUGUGCUUCCACAGCUACUCUCGGUUAACCACGAUGUCGGACUGAACGCAGUCCCAUCGGAGUUUCAGUGCCUAUUCGGGUCUCUGGGGCGAAUGAAGGCUACGUACAGCAUCCGACUAAAGCAAGAUGCAAGACCACACGCCGUCACUUAUCCACGGCGGGUCGCACUGCCACUGUUACCGGGCGUUCAAGCCGAGUUGCACCGGAUGGAAGAGCUUGGCGUCAUCAAGAAGGUUGAACACGCUACGGAAUGGUGUGCGCCAAUGGUCGUCGUCAGAAAGAAGAACGGAAGCCUGCGCAUUUGCGUAGAUUACGGCGAACUAAACGCACAGGUUGUCCGCGAGCGCAUCUUUAUGCCGACAGUUGAAGAGAAUCUCAACAAGGUCACACAGGCAAAAGUUUUCAGCAAGCUCGACUGCAACGCUGGCUACUGGCAAGCGCCUCUCUCCCCAGAAAGCUGCGAACUGACGACGUUUAUAACGCCACUGGGAAGAUACCAGUUUUUGCGUCUUCCAUUUGGAAUUGCUACUGCCCCUGAGUUUUUCCAACGCGAGAUGCUCCGGAUCCUGCAAGGACUCGAAGGCACAGUGUGCCACAUGGACGACGUUCUGAUAUUCGGGCGGAACGAAGACGAGCACGAUAAGCGACUGCACGCUGUGCUACGUACGCUAAAGGAUGCCGGCGUGACUCUAAACGAGGAAAAGUGUCAAUUCAGAAGAUCCAGAAUCCACUUCCUUGGGCACAUACUUGACGCUAACGGUAUCUCUGCAGACCCGGACAAGACCGAAGCCAUUCGGAAGAUGCCAGCACCGCAGUCGGUUAGCGAGCUGCGCUCAUUUUUCGGCAUGCUCAACCACCUUGCAAAGUUUCUUCCUCACAUGGCCGAAAAGACGAAAGCCCUCCGCGAUCUGCUGGCGUCAGAUGCUGCGUGGUACUGGGGCCCUCAGCAACAGGAAGCUUUCGAGAAGAUAAAAGAAGAGCUCGCGAGCACCCCUGUUCUCACGUACUACUCCCCAUUGCGGCCACAUACGCUGUCAGUAGACGCGUCGUCGUAUGGUCUCGGAGCGGUACUCCUACAGGACGAGUCGGAUGGCGAACGUCAUCCAGUUGCGUACGCCUCCAGAGCACUGACUACGACUGAGCAGCGUUACGCGCAAGUGGAAAAAGAGGCCUUGGCGGUAACGUGGGCGUGUGAGAAAUUUCGUAUGUACGUGCUGGGCCUCCCUUUUCAAGUACAAACGGACCACAAGCCUCUGGUACCGAUCCUGACUUCUAAGAGGCUAGAUGACCUCACUCCUCGUCUGCAAAGACUGCGAAUGCGCACCUUGGAGUACGACUUCUCAGUCACAUAUGUACCCGGCAAGGAGUUGUACACUGCCGACGUGCUUUCCAGAAAUCCGGUUCCCGACGUCAACGGCAAUAAUGACAUGUUGGAGUCGGCUCUCAAGGACUUCGAGGUCCUCACCGUAGACCUGCUGCCGGCAUCACGCAACAUGCUAUCGCGCAUCAGAAACGCUUUGCGGGUAGAUCAAACAUUGUGCCGAGUAAUGGAGUACUGCGAAACACAAUGGCCUCCUGCCAACACCCUCCCAGCCGAUCUGCGUAGGUACGCCAGCCUCUCCGGGGAGCUCUCUGUCGUCAGAGGUCUGCUCCUACGUGGGUCUCGUCUGGUCGUGCCCCCAGUUCUUCGCAAUGAAAUCCUGGAAAGGUUGCACACAGGACACCAGGGGAUUACGAGGUGCCGUGCGAGAGCUCGGGAGUCAGCGUGGUGGCCAGGAAUCAGUCUGGAACUACAGGACUACAUACGUCGAUGCCCGACCUGCCAGGAGCAUCGAAUCCCGGGGGUGGAACCACUAAUGCAGUCGACGCUACCGCAACGACCGUGGGAGACGAUAGGCAUGGACUUGUUCUACGCCAAUGGACGAAGCUACUUGGUAGUCGUCGACUAUUUUUCGAAGUUUUUUGAGCUGAGCAGACUCAAGACCACAACGAGCGCAAACGUAAUUGCGAAGAUUCGGCCUAUGUUCGCACGGUUUGGCGUGCCUGACGUUGUUCGGUCGGACAACGGCCCUCAAUUCGCAUCAGGAGAAUUUCAGUGGUUUCUGUCGACGCAAGGAAUCAAGCACGUCACGUCGAGCCCACAUUUUCCGCAAAGCAAUGGACAGGCCGAACGCACGGUCCAGACGGCGAAGGCCCUUUUGAAAAAGGAACUGGACGUCAACAGCGCCCUCCAAGCACACCGGACGACACCCGGAAGCUGUGGGUACGCGCCGGCUGAACUCCUGAUGGGAAGACGACUCCAAUCGAACGUCCCUGUGAACCCGAAAUCCCUCAUCCCUUCGUGGCCAUAUCUCCACACAUACCGAAGACCGUAUCGGAAACAACAGGUCGCAAGGGCAACUGUGUAUAACUCGCGACGCCGGGUGGCGGAGCGUCCAGAGCUGCGGAGCGGUACAAGGGUCCGCAUCCUGGCGGGCGCCGGAGCACAUGGGACGAUUCUUCGACAAGCAGGAACCCCGAGGUCGUAUGUUGUGGGAAUGGAGGGUGGCACCACAAGGCGAACCACGAGACACCUACAGGAGUCGUUUUCAACCGCAGCCGGACAGAAACAGCCGACAACAGUCGGCAAACCUCCAACAGCGCCAACACAACAGGACCAAGGCGUGGUCAAGACACGGGCUGGCCGAGUGGUUAAGAAGCCAGACAGAUACGGCUAUUGUACAUAG